AGCACGCUGUCAAAGUGGACAUGAAUGAGGGUGCCAGUGGAAAACCAGGCGGCCGCAUAUGGACUGUCUCUUGAUAUCAUUCACUGACCGUGUAAUCUUAUUAUGAUAAUCCUCACCUAUGCUGGACGGCCACAACAGUGACGAUGCUGGUGAUUGGACGAUGGAUGUGGGAUACGGUUGUUGGGCUCCUGUGUUCUCCAGCCCCCCGCCACACAUUCUGCCAAGAUAUUUCUGUGAUGUGGGCAUGAUCUGUGUCUCGAACACAGGAUGAGCGAUACAGAGAGAACUUUGAAUAAACAUCUUCCUGGAUUUGUUGUUCUUGGAUUACAACAUGGAAGCCGCUCCAAGAUGUCGUCUUUAUGGGAAUUCCUACAGUCACCCUUCCAAAGGCAACACAAAAAAGCUCCUUUAUGUUGUCAUAAAUGGAAGGAAACAAUAGACAUUUUGUCAAAAGUCAGUUGGGCCGGAUUUGUCAUACUUUUAUUUAUUUAUUUGUAGUAUUAGAUCUUUAAGACCCCAGUCCUUAUUCACUUAUUAAUGAUUAAAUAUUUUUUUUUAUUAUUGUUUAGAAAUAAGAACAAAUGUAAAUGAUUUUCUAUGAAAUGCUUCAAAAAAGAAAACCACCCAGUGUGGAAAAUGACAGAUUUUUUGGAGAUGUACUGUCCCUGUAACAAUACAACAAAAAUGACAAGCAAAACAUAUUAAAUGCUUUAUAACACACAGACAGAAUUAAUAAUAAUCGAUUGCAGAGGAAAGACGGGGCAGCAAAGGUAGUUGGGUCAAAGCCCCACGCUGGACUUGAUAAGCAAACCGCUGGCUUUCCGCGGCCCCGUCACAAAAUGCAUCAAUAUCAAGUCUUCGGAUAGAUGGCGAAGUCUCCUGCACUGUGUUUGGGUAUCAGAUGUGAUUGUGAGGAUUCAGAGGUGAAGAUUCGACGGCUGACUGGAACGGAAUGAAGCAUUUGUAAGAAGUGGAUGUUGCAGGAUGUUCCGUGGUUUUGCUGUGAAAGCUCUAUGCUUUGUUGGUUACACCGUCCAGUAUGGCUGCAUCGCUCAUUGCGCCUUUGAGUAUAUUGGGGAAUUUGUGUCGUGUUCUGGACCUUCCAUGGAGCCGACCAUCACUAACCACGAUGUGGUUUUCUCCGAGAAAAUAAGUCGUCACCUCUAUCGGAUACAAAAAGGUGAUAUCGUCAUAGCCAAAAGCCACUUUGAUCCAAAGAUGAACAUUUGUAAACGAGUGAUCGGACUGGAGGGGGACAAAGUCUGUACCAGCGGACCAUCUGACAUCUUUAAAACACACACUUUUGUACCAAGAGGGCACGUUUGGCUCGAAGGCGAUAACCUUCGGAAUUCCACAGAUUCCCGAAGCUAUGGCCCCAUUCCCUACGCCUUGAUCCGAGGACGCGUUUGCUUAAAGUUGUGGCCACCACAAUGCUUUGGUGGAUUAGCUGCUAGUCCUAAUGACGGACGCAUUUUAUGAAGAAAAUGUCUUUGUGUUGUAUGUGCAGGGCUCUAGACUGCGACCAAAAGGCUUGCAUAUGCGACCGUUUUUUAUAACGUGCGAGGUAAAAUUUCACAGGGUCGCAUUGGGGCGAGUGCGUAAAACGAAUACAGUUAAAGACCUCGGCGUUAUUUAGACAGCAACCUGUCCUUUAGAAAUCACAUCUCAAAUGUCACAAAAACAGCCUUCUUCCACCUUAGAAAUGUUGCCAAAUUAAGAAAUAUUCUAUGUGUUGCUGACGCAGAGAAGCUUAUUCAUGCAUUUGUGACCUCAAGACUUGACUACUGUAAUGCACUACUUAGUGGUUGUCCUUCAUCAUCAAUAAACCAACUACAGUUAGUUCAGAAUGCAGCUGCCAGAGUUCUAACCAGGUCCAAUAACAUCUGUAUAAAAUAACAAAUACAACGUUUCUUUGCAUUUAUUUUGGAUUUAUUGGGCUCGCAAGUGUUAAAGCGCAAAUAUGAAGUGGUCUAUAGCCGACAAAUUAGUGACAAAUUAACAGAACCAUUCAUCAACUGAGGUCAUUAUGCAAGGUCUUUAUGAUUACUAUAAAAAAGGGUGCGACCAAAUUGUAAGUUGAGAAUUGUAACUGAGAAAGUGGGUCGCACCAGUGGGGAAAAAUGAGUCUAGAGCCCUGAUGUGAUGAUAUUUUUGCAAUAUUUUUAAUAAAUUCAUAUUUAU